AUGGGUUCAACUCAAUUUGGCAAUUUCCACGUGUGUUAUUCACAUCGCUCCCCUACCCAAAUCGACCUAAUCAUGUUUCCUUUUACAGAACUUUUGUCGCGACUCUACAUUGCCACUGCAAUCCAGCUUAUGUUUAUCAGAACUGAUUCGUUUUCGCCGCAGCUUUUUGUCGCCAACCAACCUCCUAAUGUCCACUUUGGUGGUUGCUCUUUGACUGGUAUCUCGUUGAGUGGCCAUCGUUAUCUGGCAAACCUUGGUAAGGAAACAGCGUUUGGGGUACAAGUUGAUGGGAACAGUGUACUGAUAGACUCAUGGAAUAGGAUCGAUCCUACUUGCUUUCAUUUCAAUCGUGGUUUCAUUGGGCUUGAUAUUGAGGUCGGACAGAAAGCACGCCGCCGUCGGGCGUCGAUGCAACUGUUUCUUCUGGGGUACAUCAUCAUCGAGAUUUGUGAAAUCUUCACCGUGGGUGGACUUCCGAUCGAAGAUUCCGUUCGCAAGGGUUUCUCAGCAGUGCAUCUAGGUGCGAUUGCUGCGACAUGCUGGAUGCUGCUUUUGAAUGGGCUCGUAGGAUAUCAAUUGAUUGAUGACGGCACUGCUGCCUCGGUGGGCCUGGUCUCAGCAUCUGCACUUGUGAUCUUCAUCGGUACGGGCUACAUCGCCCUUGACACUGCAUUCAACUGGUCCCACUACUUCCAGUCAAGCAAAUCGGGAGACAACCGCAACAUUGCCCUUUACGUUUUGUACCAGCUCUUCCCGCUCGUCUGCCUGGUGGCGUACUAUGUGCUCGAGGCCGUCUUGGUACUACGAGUACUGGGGGAGUUUCGGCCAAUGCUUUAUCUGACCGCAACUGCCUUGCUAUUCGCCAUUGGCCAGAUAUUUCAGUACGUGAUCAGUGUACACCUGUGUGAAGCCUCCAACGGGAAAAUCAACGGCACCCUCUUCGAAACACUCUUCACUCUUCUGUCCGUCAUCGGGGUCUGGUUCUUUUGGAGCAGUAUCACCGAAGAUGACUGGGCCAUCCCUGCCCCAACAUAUGGCACUCUCAUGGCGGAAGAGAGGUCCGACGUUGCAUAA